ACAUCUACAACCAAGCAGUCGCAGAAAAAGAAAAACCCGGACCUAUUCUAACCAAUCAGACGUCUCUAGUGAAAAAUACCAAUCUGAAAGACUAAGGGCAAAGAAAAAGUGGAAGUUCACCUUCUCUGGCGCACACUGAGGGAUUUCUUGCAUAGCUCGCGUUGCUGUACCAGGGAGUACAGCUACAGCGUCAUUUUGCAGCUGUUGGCGUUCAGACUCUUAUCAUUCACCAGCAAAGGAGAAACAAACCGCGAGGAGCUAUCCUUGGUGCUGAACCACUCGAAACGGGGAAUUCAAGGAAAGAAUGCAUGUUCAGGAUAGCCAUCACCCCUCAGUGCAAAGACGUUAAAGUGACUGUUCUGACUGACAAGAGAAAGCUCUGAGUACCUUUACUGCAUUUCGCUCUUCAGAUUUUUUUUUGUGAUAUUUUUUUAUUUUGUUUGUUUGUUUUGUUUACAAAAUGCUGCCCAACAACUCCUCUAGACACCUGAAUUUAGAGGACGGAUUUUAUUCGUUGAAUACCUCUGGAAAUGAGACUCACAAUGACACUCACGGCAGUGCAGUACUAAUCUCCUUUAUCUACUCCGUCGUUUGCUUAGUAGGGCUCUGUGGUAACUCGAUGGUUAUUUAUGUGAUCCUGAGGUAUGCUAAAAUGAAGACGGCUACUAACAUCUAUAUUUUAAACUUGGCUGUCGCAGACGAGCUACUUAUGCUGAGCGUGCCGUUUCUGGUGACUUCUUCGUUGCUGCACCACUGGCCCUUUGGAUCCUUACUGUGCCGCCUUGUUCUUAGCGUAGAUGCCAUCAAUAUGUUUACUAGUAUAUACUGCCUUACCGUCCUAAGCAUCGACCGUUACAUUGCAGUGGUGCACCCUAUCAAAGCUGCCAGAUACAGGAGACCGACCAUAGCAAAGAUGGUGAACUUGGGGGUGUGGAUGUUCUCCAUAAUGGUCAUAUUGCCCAUAAUAAUUUUUUCUUCUACCGCACCCAACUCUGACGGCUCUGUAGCAUGCAACAUGCAGAUGCCAGACCCACAGCGUCAGUGGAUGGCAGUGUUUGUGAUUUAUACAUUUCUGAUGGGGUUUCUGUUCCCUGUGAUCGCAAUAUGCCUGUGUUAUAUUCUUAUUAUUGUUAAAAUGAGAGUGGUUGCCCUCAAAGCAGGCUGGCAGCAGCGCAAGAAGUCUGAAAGAAAAAUCACUCUCAUGGUGAUGAUGGUGGUGACGGUAUUUGUCAUCUGCUGGAUGCCGUUUUACAUUGUCCAGCUGGUGAACGUCUUUGUGCAGCAGCACAAUGCAACUAUCAGCCAGCUUUCUGUCAUUCUAGGCUAUGCCAACAGCUGUGCCAAUCCUAUACUCUAUGGAUUUCUUUCGGACAAUUUUAAAAGAUCGUUCCAAAGAAUAUUGUGCCUGCGUUGGAUGGACAAUGCAACAGAAGAGCCAAUUGAUUACUAUGCCACUGCUCUCAAAAGUAGAGCUUACAGUGUUGACGAAUUUCAACCAGACAACCUGGAAUCGGACAGCAUGUAUCGAAAUGGUACUUGCGCAUCCAGGACUACAACACUGUGAUGAACGGCAAAUCAUUGACGAGUUUGACAUUGUUUGGGAGGAUUUAACAUAUGUUACAUGAACAAAUUUAACAAACUGACUGUUUUGUGUUUGUGUAGGCUAUUGCUGCUUAUUUUACUGUGUCUGAUGUUGCUUCGAUGUCAUUAAAUUUUGCACCAACAGAAA